AUGUCAUUCCUAAGGAUUGGGGCCACUAUUCCAGAGUAUAGUCAUAUACUCAGCUUCAGACGUCAAGUAUACAUAGCUCCCACCGAAAGUACCAUACCAGAAUCCUUGGUGAUUAGUCAUGGAGGGUUGUCAUAUCGCAUAUUCUUAUCAUUGGACAGCCAAAAAUGUUUCAAGUGCAACCAAUCAGGACACAUAGCCAACAAUUGCAGAUCUACAUCCCAACCAUCGACCUCAAACAUGGAUGAUACCGUCCUUCCCUCAUCCUCAGUAAAACCCAAUAAUAACAUGUCUAGCAGUAUUCAACUGGAACCCACUAUCACACAGGCAGCCGAAGUUCGACAGACACAACUGCCAAUCUUAACUGAAGAAUCUCCUAACAGACAGACCAUAUCCACUCCACAACCAAUAUUGAGUCAAAGCAAAGAACUUAACAUAGAAAUGCCACCUACUCCAUCCGUAGCAACCACCGACGAUGCCAGCAACACAGGCAAAAGAAACUCCAGUUCGUCUUCUGAAUCGCUGAACGAUCCAUUUCAUUGCUCUUCUGAUGAAGAUCCUACAUAUCAGGUAGACGAAGUGGAAGCCGAAGACAAUUAUUCAGAGUCUGAAGAAUCUGAGCAUCACUUGUUACUACCAUUGCCUGCUUCCGUAGUAUCUGAUAAUACCGAUUGUAACCAACCAACAAGUACACCUCCGCAGUUCCAAUCAUUGGAUGAAACUCAAGAUGAAAAUACUUAUACGACUAGUCCAGUAAAUGAAGUCAUCCAUAAUAUGGAAACCGACAAUCCUAACUAUGAUGAUCAGGACAUAAUAGUGGAAGCAUAUAACAUUGCGUGGAAAGACCCAGUAGGCAAUCAUGAGGUAUUUCCCUUCGAUCCCAAAAAUACUGGGGUAAAUCCAGAUAUUGCAGCAGCAUUAGGUGACCAAUCCCCGAUCGAUUUUUUUUCGCUUUUUAUUGACGAUGAAAUUAUCCAAAUUAUAACCGACCAAACUAAUCUUUAUGCAUCCCAGAAGUUAUUGAAUAUAGACGAUACUUCCGAAGGUAGUCGUCUCCAUGCGUGGACACCGAUCAAUAAAGAGGAAAUCAAAAAAUUUAUUGGCAUCAUAGGAUACAUGGGUUUAGUCAAACUUCCUACCAUGGAUAGAUAUUGGACUAAAACGAAAAAGAUAUACCACAACAGUGUUGUUGGACAAAUUAUGAGUCGGAAUCGGUUUGAAUUACUUCUGAAUAUGUGGCAUUUCACCGAUAAUGAUAUGUGCCCUAAAGGAGAUCGAGGGUACAAAAUCGAACCAUUCAUGAAUUUAUUGUUGAAAAAAUUCCAAGAGGCCUACACUCCAAGAAUUCUGCAUAGACGAAAGUUUGAUACCAUUUCGUGGUAG